UUCUCUACAAACUUUUCUGCAAACAAAACAAUAAAAUGGCUGCUCCAAAUCAACCAAUCCAAAAUGCCUUCAAUCUUCCUCUUCCUCUCCGUAUUAUGCCAUAUGGAAUUGUUGCUGCUGCAGUCGGUGUCGCUUCUUAUUUUGUUCUGUGUGCUGUGAAUCUUGGGUUUUUCAACAAAAACAUAUUUUUCACUAACAACAUUUAAACU